GUUAAAAGUUAAUGAAUUUUCUGUGCGCCGAUCCUGUGCUAUUUUUCUGUGCGCGUGCUAUUUGCCAAUGUGGCAGCUCUCAUCUAAUAGUGUAUGUUGAACUUCUGUGCGUCUGUGCUGUUUGCGUGCUAUUGCAAAUGUAGCCCGGGCUUAAAUGCCGCAGGGCAGGGAUGCAUCGAGAUGAAGACCGCCGUGGCCUUGUUGCUGGCGCUGCGGGUGCUCGCGCAGGCUGACGAGCUGCAGUGUCCUGCCAGCUGCAGCUGCCACGAGCUGGACGGCCUGAUGGUGGUGGACUGCUGGGGGCGCCGCCUCGUGUCCUUCCCGGCCGGCGUGCACCCGCUGGUUCAGGUUCUGGAUGUGUCGAACAAUGCCAUUCGCACAAUUGUGGACGACGUGGGUCAUUAUCCGGAGCUACUACGUCUGCACAUUUCGAGCAACCAGAUACAGGCUGUGCCACGCACGGCAUUUCAGAACCUGCCCAAGUUGGAAUACUUGGAUCUCUCUUCCAACAACAUAUCUGACUUGAGCCAAAUAAACGCUGACACAUUCAUCGAGAACAACACUCGACUCACAGAGCUCAACUUGGCUGGCAACCCAAUCACGAAUCUCGGCACGGACACAAAGUCAGUCACGUCAGUCUUAACGAGUCAUUCAUUGGAAAAACUGCACUUGAGAGACUGCAAAAUCGACAGUGUUGCUGGCCUUGCCGCUUUGAAGAACUUGCCAAAACUAACAUACUUGGACCUUUCGAGGAAUCCUAUAAAGUGGAUCAGGAAUUUCGGUUCGCCAUCGCUUACCUACCUUGAUCUUAGUUAUUGUGAGCUGGACUUUCUUUCGCCGACUGCGCUCGUGAAAUUCCCUGCACUGCGGAAUCUGUCGUUAAACGGAAACAAUGCACUUUCACUUACAACUGGGGGCCUGAUUUCAAGUUCUUUGUCUCACUUUGAGGCAACAUAUUGCAGUAUUACCCGUCCAAGACUUGCUGGGUUGCCCAGUUUAGUACAUGUGAAUUUCAAAGGGAACAAAAUAUCUGUACUGCGUGAAGGAGAAUUCAAAAAUAAUAGAUAUCUAAAGGAGCUUGAUUUGUCGGACAACAUAAUUUCUGAGAUUCAUGCAGAUGCAUUCAACGGGGCAGAAUACCUUGAAAACUUAAGUUUAGCUCGCAAUUCAAUCAGUAGUGAGUUACCUCCUCAGAUUUUCUCAAGAAAUCAAUAUUUAAAAUAUUUAAAUGUCAGUAAAAAUGAUAUACCUAGUCUGAAAAACUUCGACAAUCCCUCUUUGAAAUAUCUAGAUGUGGGCCAAUGCCAAAUAAGAAGUCUAGACAAAAAUGUGCUGACUAAACUUCCUUGGUUGGUUUCGCUUUCGUUGUCUCAAAAUCUGCUGGAAGCCAUCCCAAAUUAUCUAUCUUCAACUACGCUAAUGGAUUUAGAUUUGAGCUAUUGUAGAAUAAGCACAAUUCGCAACGAAACUUUCGAUCGAUUGCAGCUGCUUCGCAGUUUAGAUCUGACUGGGAACCGCUUGACUGAACCAAUCGAUGUCACCAUACUGGAGAGACUGCCUCACCUGUCGAGCAUCUGGCUGGGAGACAACCCGUGGCAUUGCAACUGCGAGUCGAAAAAAUUCAAAAAACUGUGGGACCACAUAACGGGCGGCGACCGGAUUCUGAAGACGGACCCGAAGACGGUGAAGUGCCAGACGCCCGAAAGAGCCCGCGGCAUCUCGUGGGAGAACUCGUGCUUCAACGAGUGGUUCCCGGAGCCCGCGAGCGGCCAGGAGAGGUUCACGCGCUACGGGGUGAUCUUCCUGGUGUGCUUCUUCAGCGUGGCGGCCGUGCUGGCGAUCGCGUCCACGAUCACGAAGAGGAUCUACCGGCGCAAGAAGAGGCGGCGCACGGGCAGACCGGCGCCGGCGGCUCACCCGGGUCCGGCGCAGAGCCGGCACAGCUCGGAGUCUGAGGAGGAGGCCGAGGUGGUCGUCAGGCUGAGAGAGUCUCCCGAAGCGACCGCGCGCUGGGUCAGCCAGCCGCCCUCGUACGAGGAGGCGCUGCUGAUGACCCCGGCGGUGGAGGAGGCCUCGACGGCCCGUGGUGCGGACAGCACCAGCAGCAGGGAGGACAUCCCGGGCACCACCGCGGCCCACAGCGACUCCGCCAGCGACGGCGAAGACGGCGACCAGGCGACGACGGCCCCCGUCAGGCCGAGCAAGAGCAGCGCUGGUCCGGCGCUCCCGGAACAGGAGUGACCACCUGCGGACUGCAACUUCGAGUUCCAUCGCCUGCGGGAAGCACGCCGGCUACCUGUGGAUCCAACGACACCGCUCACCAAGAAUUAUUUUAUAAAUACAUUCUUAACUUGUGGAUGAUACAAAACUACCCGAAAACACUUCGCCAAACACUGUUAUGAAAAAUAUGUUUGACACCACAAAAAAAAAACUUUUGAAUAUAUUUUUUGUACAAAGUAAUUAGUUUGGGAUAAGAUUUUACUAUUUAAAAAAUCUUAGAGUGUAGAUUGUGAAUCGUCAUGGAUAGGGACAUGAAAAAUUCGCGGUUUCGAUGACCUUCAGGAUAGUCUACGCAGUCCUCUGUACACUCGGGCAAAUAACGCCAGUUCGUUGGCUGCCGACUUGUGAGUCGUCUCAACUGGUUUGCCCGUGAUUCGUUACUUCUUUGGUUGAGGGUUUCUCAUUGGCCUAGAGUCGCCCAGAUGAACAGUGAGUCAAUAGCAAAAGCAGCUUAAAGGUAUAUUUGUAUGAAUUUCAGACUAUCGCAAAAUGAAUCUGCGAAUUUUUCCGGUCUCUGGUCAUAGACCAUUUUGGUCUAUGACGAUUCACAAACUGUACUAUUUAGUUCAUUAACUGAUUCAUGAAAGUGUUUCGUGUUUAGAAGAAGUAAUUUAUUAGCCUUAGUUAUUGAGCUCUUAUGUUGAAGAUAACCAUUGUGACCUCCUUACUGUAAAAUAACCGAUAUUUUUAAUGAUAGUAAACAGUACAGCAAUAAUGGUCAAAAACUAAUUGGUGGAUAACACAUGAUGAUAUAUUUGUAAAAGUUAAAUGUUGUGUCUUCAGCCACCAGGCAUUUAAACCUGUGUUUUCUUGGAAUAAUCUAAAUUAGAUAUUUUCUACAGGAUUAGUUUUCUAGAAGAGCCAUUCUAUACAACAUAGUUUUAUUUAACGAGAUGUCUUCAUUUGAAAUUCUCCUCGCUUUUGUCUCAAUCAGUGACAACUGCUGGCCUAUUUUCAAGUGUUAUGGUAUAAAUUUUCGUACGAGAAACUGAUUUGACAUUUUAAUAGAUUCUCGUAAGUUAUGCAUUACACUUAAUUUCAAGAUAUGUUGGCAACAUUAUUUCUUUAAAAAAAAAAAUAAUCAUCACUCCUUGAUAAGUGUAAAAUCAUUACAAUCAUGUAUAGCUAUUUCAGACAUUGAGUUUUCAAAAUCUCUAUUUAUUCGUAAUAUUUUUUAAUGAUAACCUUUGUGUGAACUGGAUAUGAAGCUGAAUUUCCUAGUAUUUACGUACAUAUUGAUUUACAUUCAAGUAAAAUUAUAGGAAAAAUAUAUUGUAGGUUUUCAGAAUUCUCAUGGUACAAAUACUUUUAGCUGAGCAAAUGCUAAAAGUUUGUUUCUUCAAUGAAUAUGUCCAAUUUUUGUUAGCAGUGUCAGUGCCAAUAAAUUUACACGAUAAACUGUAAAGUUGUAUGAGAAUAUUAAUACAUUGUAGAUAAUUUCAUGUUUAUUGGCUGUAAGCCAAGCAACUUUGUGUAUGCUUAUAGAAACAAAUAUUACUGGCCUUCAAAAUAUUUUGUUUUAAAGAAACUAUUUCCAGUUUAUAAAACUACUUUAUCUUUAAGUCUACAAAAUGCUGAAAACGUGUUUUAGCUAUUGUUACAUGGGUGGCAAUAGGUGUGUACAACUGUGUAUUUAAAGUAAUUUCUCCCUUUUAACUCUACAAAAAAACAAUACAACCAGUAAUACGCAACUUACAAGCAAAUUUUUUACGUUAAAAAUUAAAGCAAUUUGUUGAGCAAUGAUGAUUAUGUAAACAAACACCUGGCUACCUUUUAUAGGAAAUUAAAUACAACUAAAGUUUCGCUUUCAUUAAAAAUUUGCCUUAAAUGGUUAUAACAAAUUAUAAAAUAUUUACAAUAUUUCCCAAGGUACAAAAAAUUAUCAAUUAUUUUUAGAUAUCUGUCAACCCAGGCUUAUGGCAGCCCAUAUUAAUCUUUUUUGGGGUAAAUUUUUUUACAAAUAGGCUGAAAAUGUUCUAGAAAAUUUAAAAUUGUUGAUUUUGUACGAACAAUAAUUACUUACUUGAAC